AGGCGGUGACAAUGGGAGCGGCGCGGGCGGCGCCGGGAGGCAGCUGACAGGCGUCUUCGGCUUUGCUUCAUGGCCGCUUUCCCGCCCCGCCUGGGCUCUGUGGGCAGCGGGGCGGCCCGCGGCAGCCGGGAGCCGGAGUUGGCGAGCCGAGCGGAGACCUGUGCGCGGCGCCGCUGAGGCGCAGCAUGUGAAGGAGAGACGGCAUCCAGUGCGAGGCGAGCCUCUCAGCCGGCCGGGAUGGCCACGACGGCCGAGCUCUUCGAGGAGCCUUUUGUGGCAGAUGAGUAUAUUGAACGUCUUGUAUGGAGAACCCCAGGAGGAGGCUCUAGAGGGGGACCUGAAGCUUUUGAUCCUAAAAGAUUAUUAGAAGAAUUUGUAAAUCAUAUUCAAGAACUCCAGAUAAUGGAUGAAAGGAUUCAAAGGAAAGUAGAGAAACUAGAGCAACAGUGUCAGAAAGAAGCUAAGGAAUUUGCCAAGAAGGUACAAGAGCUCCAGAAAAGCAAUCAGGUUGCCUUCCAACAUUUCCAGGAACUAGAUGAGCACAUCAGCUAUGUAGCAACCAAGGUCUGUCACCUUGGAGACCAGUUGGAGGGGGUAAACACACCCAGACAACGGGCAGUAGAGGCUCAGAAAUUGAUGAAAUACUUUAAUGAGUUUCUAGAUGGAGAAUUGAAAUCUGAUGUUUUUACAAAUUCUGAAAAGAUAAAGGAGGCAGCAGACAUCAUUCAGAAGUUGCACCUAAUUGCCCAGGAGUUACCUUUUGAUAGAUUUUCCGAAGUUAAAUCCAAAAUUGCAAGUAAAUACCAUGAUUUAGAAUGCCAACUGAUUCAGGAGUUUACCGGUGCUCAAAGAAGAGGUGAAAUCACCAGAAUGAGGGAAGUAGCAGCUGUUUUACUCCAUUUUAAGGGUUAUUCCCAUUGUGUUGAUGUUUAUAUAAAGCAGUGCCAGGAGGGUGCUUACUUGAGAAAUGAUAUAUUUGAAGAUGCAGCAAUACUCUGUCAACGGGUGAACAAACAAGUUGGAGAUAUCUUUAGUAAUCCAGAAACAGUACUGGCUAAACUUAUUCAAAAUGUAUUUGAAAUCAAACUACAGAGCUUUGUGAAAGACCAGUUAGAAGAAUGUAGGAAGUCCGAUGCAGAGCAGUAUCUCAAAAGUCUCUACGAUUUAUAUACAAGAACCACAAAUCUUUCCAGCAAGUUGAUGGAGUUUAACUUAGGUACUGAUAAACAGACUUUCUUGUCUAAGCUUAUCAAGUCCAUUUUCAUUUCCUAUUUGGAGAACUAUAUUGAAGUGGAGACUGGAUAUUUGAAAAGCAGAAGUGCUAUGAUCCUACAGCGCUAUUAUGAUUCAAAAAACCAUCAAAAGAGAUCCAUUGGCACAGGAGGUAUUCAAGAUUUGAAAGAGAGAAUUAGACAGCGUACCAACUUACCACUGGGGCCAAGUAUCGAUACUCAUGGAGAGACUUUCCUAUCCCAAGAAGUGGUGGUUAAUCUUUUACAAGAAACCAAGCAAGCCUUUGAAAGAUGUCAUAGGCUCUCUGAUCCUUCUGAUUUACCAAGGAAUGCCUUUAGAAUUUUUACCAUUCUUGUGGAAUUUUUAUGUAUUGAACAUAUUGAUUAUGCCUUGGAAACAGGACUUGCUGGAAUUCCUUCUUCGGAUUCUAGGAAUGCAAAUCUCUAUUUUUUGGAUGUUGUGCACCAGGCCAAUACUGUUUUUCAUCUUUUUGACAAGCAGUUUAAUGAUCACCUUAUGCCACUAAUAAGCUCUUCUCCUAAGUUAUCUGAAUGCCUUCAGAAGAAAAAAGAAAUAAUUGAACAGAUGGAGAUGAAAUUAGAUACUGGCAUUGACAGGACAUUAAAUUGUAUGAUUGGACAAAUGAAGCAUAUCUUGGCUGCAGAACAAAAGAAAACAGAUUUUAAGCCAGAAGAUGAAAACAAUGUUUUGAUUCAGUAUACUAAUGCCUGUGUUAAAGUCUGUGCUUAUGUAAGAAAACAAGUGGAGAAGAUUAAAAAUUCCAUGGAUGGGAAGAAUGUGGAUACAGUUUUGAUGGAACUUGGAGUACGUUUUCAUCGACUUAUUUAUGAGCAUCUUCAACAAUAUUCCUAUAGUUGUAUGGGUGGCAUGUUAGCAAUUUGUGAUGUUGCUGAAUAUAGGAAGUGUGCCAAAGACUUCAAGAUUCCUCUGGUAUUACAGCUUUUUGAUACUCUGCAUGCACUUUGCAAUCUUCUGGUAGUAAACCCAGAUAAUUUAAAGCAAGUCUGCUCAGGAGAACAACUUGCUAAUCUGGACAAGAACAUUCUUCACUCCUUCGUACAACUUCGUGCUGACUAUAGAUCUGCCCGCCUUGCUCGACAUUUCAGCUGAGGUUGAAUUUACAAGGGCAGUGUGUUGUACUUCAGCAGGCCUUGGUUGAUAGAAAGCACAGGCGGUUUCUUAUGAUACAGCCAACAUUUUAUUGAAAAAUGAUGACUGUUUAGAAAAACAGCAGCCAUACUUACCCUUGAGAUUUUUUUGAAAUUUGGACACUACUAAGCAUAUUUUGCUCUUUUCCCUUAAGUUGAAUUUUAAUUCCGUUUUUGAACUUAUAAAUUUGAAACUCUGUAAAGCUAUAUGUCAUUGUUUUCAUCCUGGAAAAUGUUGGUGUCAGAAGGCAAAUGAGAUGUUACCAGUGUUCUGGUUCAUGUUCUUUAACAUAGUCCAUUGGGAAAUUUCACCAUCCUAUUUUGCACUAAAGAUGGGUAAAAUCCAGCAAAACUACAUUAUUAUUUAUCAAUUUUCAGCACUGGUAAUUGUGAAUCAGGUUAUUUUAGGUUUUUCUAGAGAACUUUUUGCUUCUUUCAGAAGGUUAAUUAACAAUUGGGCAUAAUUUUUGUAGUUGGUUGAUUGGAUUUUUCUGAGGUACAACAAUAAUACUAUUCCAAGAAAAAUGUUAUAAACAAAACUAAAAUGAUGAAAUGUUUUAUGUAGGUAUUAGCAGUGGAUCAGAAUACAUCUGCUUUCUGGGUAAAAAAAAAAACUUAAAAGUUUACAAUUUCUUAUUUGGUAAACAGAUUUUUAAGCCAGUGCUAGCAAGAAAUUAAUAAAAUUAUUUUAUAUUUCGCUUAAGAUGAGGUGGAGGAUCUUAACUAAAGGACCAUAUUUAUUCAUUAUUUUAAUAUUAUAAGGGAAGUAAAAAAAUGAGGUAUAGUCUAAAUGGUACAUAUGAGAAGUAUUGACAGUGUUUAGCAACAAUACAGUCCUUUAAGAUUUCUACCUUUAUGCAAAACUGGAAUAAGAUGGAAUGGCUAAACAUGCAGGUAGUCUUCUAUUUUAAGAGGAAUUGGGAAUUGAUAGUUAGCAUUAUAUUCUAAGUCUCGAGAUAAACUUUGCAAGGACUAGUUGCUUUUUAAAUCUAUAGUUUCUGUCAUUACCUUUUUCAAGGCAUUUCUGAAGCGAUUCCUACUGAAUGUAGUUAAUUGAAUUGGCUUAAUAUGGUGGCAUAAUAAAUCACUUAUAAAAUUUUAAACAUCAAGCAGAAAUUUAGAAAGAUCUUUACUCUAAAAACUAUAAACUUGCUCUGUGAGAAUGCAUUCUUAGCUAUAUGUAGUGUUUCAGCUUUCAUUGUGUUUUUCAUAGUCUUCAGGAACAGAUAAACUUUAAUGUUCAACUCAUUCUUGACUUUUCUUUUUCUUUUAAUGUAGGCUUUUUGGCCUAAUUUUGGAAAACUAAUUUUAAGAUUAUGUUUCUGAAUGUUCAUCAACUUUACCAAAACUUCCAGGUCCAGAGCGAGCUAGCUACUGUUUAAGUUACUAUUGACUGAAUUUUCUUCAUUUUCUGUUUAGCCCAGUGUUAUCAGGGUAAGCAAGAGAAAUGAAGUAUGCCAACUUUUAUCAAAGCAUUUUAGGAAAUUGUGGCAGCUUUAGAAGGCUGUCUAGUUUUCUAUUCCUUAGCCAAAGGAAAGCCAGAACAGGUUUUGGAUACUAGAGAAAGUCAUAUGCUUGUACUAUUGCCGUUUUAGAAAGCUCUGAUGUGAAUUCAAAUUAUACCUCUGUUACUUAAAGCCAACAAUUUUAAAGCAGUAGUUUUACUGGCCACUUGAACUCUUUGUACACAGUGUCAAUUUAUAAAAAAAUAAAAAAGGGAAAAAAAUAUCAAAUAAAACAUGAGAGAACACUUUAAGACUUCCAAAUCAGAAAAGUGCUUCAAAUUAUUUUGUUUGGAUUAAUUUUUUAAAUGUAAAACAUAUAUUUGUUGCUUAGAUAUUUUGUUAAUUAUUAUUUCCAUGUUUGAAUUCUGUGCAAUAUUUUCCAUUAUGUCCAUUGACAGGACAGUAACAAAGAAAACUCAUAAGUGACUACUUAAUUUAGAAGUGUUAACAUUAAUGCUCAAUAAACAAAUUCCCUGCAAUUGUUUUUUUUUUUAUUUCACUCCAUUUUUACAUUUUGAGGACAUUCAUACUGAAUUUUAUAAAUUAUUUUUUAUUUAAAUUUUUAAGAUGUUUCUUAUUUUUCAUAGCAUAGGUUUUCCUUUUUAAGCAGAAAAAUACUUGAUUAUAUAAUCAAAAUUAGAAACAGAUCGUCUUUCUCUAAGAAAAAAUAAUUUGUUGUAUAAAGCAGUAUGCAUUCUUUGCAUUCGUUGUAUUUCAUUUUGAAAGUAUUUUUCAUAUUAAUGGGCACUACAAAAUUCUGCUCAAAAUAUAUGGCUCAAAAGAGAUGGUCAAUAAGUAAAUGUUUUUCAUACGCACAUGGUAAAAUUUUAGGUAGCGAUAAUGGAACUUUGUAUAUCAGUAACUUUAGUCAACAUUUGAAUAAGGAGAAUCUUUAUAAUUUUCCGUAGUUUCACAUGAGCUAACAUGCAAUGUUUAGAUAAUGUUUUGAAAUCGAUAAUAGACUCUUAAACACUGCGUUUUUAGGAAAUGCAGAAACACUCGAUAAAAAGCUUGAGUGUAUUAUGUUUUCAUAACACAGAAAGUGAAAUACAGAACACAGGUUUAAGAAGGAAGUCUAGCUUCUAUAAGUUAUGAUAUUAAAAAUGACAGCUAACCAAAGUAGCUGAAUACUUCUUAUGAGGAAUUGAUCUGGGAGUUUAACUUUUUUUUUUUAAAUACAAAAAUAUUCUAUGUAUUACCGAUUAUUGCCCAUUGACUCAGAAGUAUGACAUAUUUUCUAGAAGCAUAGUGAUUUCUAGUGGAGAAUUUGACAUAUGAAGCAUUUUGAGCUUUCAUCCAAUUAGUUUAACUAUAUUCAGUCCCUGUAGUACUUCUCUCUGCUUGAAGAAGUCUGUCCUGAAAUACGUCGUGUACUUCGGAGGAAAAGACCAGUCCAUAUUGUUACUGUAAAUAAUUCUACAUAAAGUAAAAAUAGCAUUUAAAAAUUUUUGAUGCAUAAUAAAGUAUAGCUAUAUUUAUUGACUUUAGUCCCAUGCACUGUGCUAAGCCCUUUACAUACAUUAUCUCAUUUGGUUUCAAAGGAGCCCUAGGAGUAGGGUACUGUUAUCUCCAUUUGACAGACCCCGUGCACAGAAAGUUUUAAGUAGAUCUGCUCAAAUUCUACAGCUAAGUAAAAGACUCAGAUAGAAACCUGAAUGUUUCUCACACUUUAUCUUCUAUACACUCUUCUCCUUAUGCAACAUAAAAUAUUGUUUGAUAGGCUCAUUAGUUUUGCUGAGUCUAAUUUUCUUUUCAUCCAAUAUUUGGUUCUCGUUGUAGUGUUUAGAUUAUGAAGUUGAGAUACAGGGCUAAUAUCUAAUUUACUGUUAGACUUUUUCGUAGUGUCUCCGGUGUGUGGUCAUACUUUUAUAAAAUUUGGUUUUUAAAAUUUUAUGAGUGGUCAUGAAAUUUUAAUUGACUAUUAAGUGUGUACCUACUAGAAAUCUUUCCAUCAAAAAGUUCUUCAGUGAGUUAUUUUGCAUAAUCAUAAUACUGUUUGAGUAAUAAUUUUUGCAACAGAAAGACUUCAGGUAUUUUGUACAAUAUUUUGUAACAUGGGAGUGAAUGACAACUCUACCUUGAAAGAUAUGAAGAAAUCAGUAUUUCUACCUUCAAAAACAGACUAUUUUAGUGUCACAAGUUUGCCAAUUCUGUUGUUUAUUUAGUGCAUUGGUAGUUUUUAAAUGGCUAAUGCUGGAGUGAAAACAUGGAGAAAAAUGUACUCAGUGUAUUAGCAAUAGGCAGUCAUUUUUAUGUAAUCAAAUAUUGCAUAUUUAAUAUUUUUAAAAUUGCCUUAACUCUUAACUUUUAUUCUUACCACUGAUCAAUCUU